CUGGGCCCUAGCGGCCCUCUCUCUUGUGCGGCUCCACCGACCUCUGCCUGCGUUCUGAGCCCGCGCCGCCAGGCCAUCACCGCCCCCAUUCGACGACGGUGGUGGUCGGGAUGCAGUCCUCGCCGGCGCUCAUGCUGGGUGGCCUCCGGCGGCUGCGGGUGGUCGUGGAGGCCACCAUCUGAGCCUGGGGCGUAGGGCCACCGCGUGAGCCGAGCUGUUCCCCACAGCGAACAAGUAUGCUCAGUCUUGUUCUUACUGGACCUCAGUACACAAUAGUGUUUCUUGUUAUAUCCUUGAAGGGCGCCAAUUUUUUGGAAAGGCCAAGACUGUCUGCCAUAUGAAUCAACACAUGUGUGUAUGCACAUUCUUUUCAGUUAUGGUUGUUAUAUCGGUGAUAUACACCAGUGCAAGACGUAGAAGAAUUCUGCAUCUACACUUCUACAGUAAUUCGAAAGUUAUUAGACUGUACAACAUCUCUUCCUAAUAAUUUUCACUAUGUAAUAUGUGAAUGUAAUCAAAGGAAAUCCGUUACCUAUUUGCAAUUCUAUUUUUUGAUUAUUUCCUAUGGAGUAUAUUUUAUUCUUGGACAUAGCAUUCAGAUCUGUGAGGGUGGUUUGUGGAAAGCACGAGGGCCAGCAUGGUGAUGGUGAGAAAAAAAUAUUUCGAUGGGCAAGCACCAUGUCCACCAGAGACCAGACCACCACCAUGAGGAUAGUUCUCCACUUUUUCACGCAUGAUUAUGACAAGGAUUGUGAGGGCCAGCAAUGGUCUAUGACCAUGUUCGCCAGACCACCACCAUGGUUUUCUAUCAACUGCUGUAUUCAUUGGUUGUUUCUACUGCCUCUGAUGUGAAGCACUCUCAUUGGUCAUCUAUCAUUUAUUCUGCCUAGUAGCCUCACCUACAGUCCGAUGGCAGAAGUGGCCUUAGCUAUAGCUGCCUUAAGAUUGGCUGCGUUGCCGGUCUUGAAGAAGCUCCAUGCUAAUGCUUCAACGUACCUUGGAGUGAACAUGGCGCGUGAGAUCCAUGAACUGGAGACCACUAUCAUGCCACAGUUUGAACUAGUGAUUGAAGCAGCAGACAAGGGAAACCACAGGCCCAAGUUGGACAAAUGGCUUCAGGAACUCAAAGAAAGCUUCUACCUGGCUGAAGACUUGCUAGACGAGCAUGAGUACAACAUCCUCAAGCACAAAGCAAAGGGUAAGGAUUCCAUGCCGGCCAAUGGUUCCUCCAUCAGCAACACUUUUAUGAAGCCUCUGCGUUCUGCAUCAAGCAGGCUGUCCAAUCUGAGUUCAGAGAACAGAAAGCUAGUUCGCCAUCUUAAGGAACUGAAGGCCACCCUCGCGAAAGCCAAGGACUUCCAUCAGCUUCUCUGUUUACCUGCUGGUCAUAACGCAGAGAGACCCGCCAUACCAUCAGAUGUUGUUCCUGAGAUCACAUCGCUACCACCUAUGAAAGUGAUUGGUCGUGACAAGGAUCGCGAUCAUAUAAUAGAGUGUCUUACCAAGGUAACUGCUACUACCGAGUCUAGUACAACUAUGUACUCGGGUUUGGCCAUUGUUGGAGUUGGAGGCAUGGGAAAGUCCACCUUGGCUCAGCUUGUUUACAAUGACAAGAGGGUAAAAGAAUAUUUUGAUGUGACAAUGUGGGUAAGCAUCUCACGUAAACUCGAUGUCCGCCGUCAUACACGGGAGAUCAUCGAGUCUGCCUCUAAGGGGGAAUGCCCACGCAUUGAUAACCUUGAUACUCUGCAGUGCAAGUUGACAGACAUACUGCAAGAAUCAGGGAAAUUCCUGCUUGUGCUGGAUGACGUUUGGUUUGAACUUGGCAGUGAAAGGGAAUGGGACCAACUGUUAGCCCCUCUAGUUUCCAGACAGACGGGAAGCAAAGUUUUGGUAACUUCUCGACGGGAUACAUUUCCAGCUACUCUUUGCUGUGAAGUGUGUCCUCUAGAGAAGAUGGAUGAUGCUCAGUUCUUGGCACUCUUCAAACAUCAUGCAUUCUCUGGACCAGAAAUCAGAAAUCCGCAGUUGCGUGAAAAGUUGGAAGAGUUUUCAAAGAAGAUUGCUAAACGGCUUGGACAAUCUCCUUUGGCGGCAAAAGUUAUGGGUUCGCAGUUGAAAGGGAAAACAGAUAUCACUGCAUGGAAGGAUGCUCUAACUAUGAAGAUUGACAAACUAAGCGAUCCCAUGAGAGCUCUGUUGUGGAGUUAUGAGAAAUUAGAUCCAUGUCUGCAGAGAUGCUUUUUAUAUUGCAGCUUGUUUCCGAAAGGCCACAAGUAUGUCAUUGAUGAUUUGGUUCAUCUUUGGAUGGCAGAGGGCCUUGUUGAUUCAUGCAACCAAAACAAGAGAGUAGAAGUUGUUGGGAGGGAUUGUUUCCAUGAAAUGAUCUCUGUUUCGUUCUUUCAACCAGUUGAUGAGAAAUACACUGACACGUACUACGUUAUGCAUGAUCUCCUUCAUGAUCUGGCAGAAUCACUCUCCAAAGAAGACUACUUCAGAUUGGAAGAUGAUAAGGUGACAGAAAUACCAUCCACUGUUCGACAUCUAUCUGUUCGUGUUGAAAGUAUGACACAGCACAAGCAAAGUAUUUGCAAGCUACAUCAUUUACGCACUAUUAUCUGCAUAGACCCCCUAGUAGAUGAUGUUAGUGACCUUUUUAAUCAGAUACUACAGAAUUUGAAGAAGUUACGCGUACUAUAUUUGUCAUCAUACAGUAGCAGUCAGUUGCCAGAAUCUGUUGGUGAGUUGAAGCAUCUUCGGUAUUUGAACAUCAUCGGGACACUGAUUUCUGAAUUGCCAAGAUCACUGUGUACUCUUUACCACUUGCAGUCACUUCUGUUAAAUGACAGUGUGAAGAGUUUGCCUGAAAACAUCUGCAAUUUAAGGAAGUUACGGCAUCUUGAACGGGAUGAGUUGGCACUGCCUCAGAUUCCUAACAUUGGCAAGCUAACUUUGCUUCAACAAUUGGAUAAAUUUUCUGUGCAGAAGAAAAAGGGAUUUGAGUUGGAACAGCUGAGGGACAUGAACGAGAUUCGUGGCCACUUAAGUGUCGAACAUCUUGAGAAUGUCACUGGAAAGGAUCAAGCCAUAGAAUCGAAGCUAUAUCAGAAAAGUCAUCUUGACAGCUUGCACCUUGGCUGGAAUCUCGGAAAUAACACGACUGCAGAGGAUAGCUUACAUUUGGAGAUUCUAGAAGGCCUGACCCCACCGCCUCAAAUUUCGGCCCUUUCAAUUGAGGGUUACGAAUCUUGGAAAUAUCCAGGCUGGUUAAUUGAUGGUUCGUAUUUUGAGAAUUUGAAUUAUUUGAGAUUUUUUGGUUGCAGAAAAUUACAAAUCUUACCAUCCAAUACUGAGCUGUUUGUGAAUUGCACUUCACUUCUCCUCCAGGGUUUGUCAAACCUGAACACAUUACCUUGUCUUCCACUAGGCCUUAAGGUGUUAAAAGUGCAGCGCUGCCCACUGCUCAUAUUUAUUUCCCAUGAUGAGCUGGAACAUAAUGACCAGAGAGAGAAUAGCACAAGGACCAACCAUUUGGCAUCACAACUUGGUUUGAUGUGGGAGGUGGAUUCAGGAUCAGGUAUUAGCACUGUACUCUUAUCGGAAUGUUCAUUUCUGAAGCAGCUGAUGAUAUUCACACAUGCUGAUAUGUCACAUGUUCAAAACUUUGAAAGUGCUCUACAGAGAGCGAAAAAUGGAGUUUUGGUAAAAGAGGAUAUCAUCAAGGCAUGGAUAUGCUGUCAUGAGCAAAGCAUGAGACUCAUGUAUGAACGGAGGAUUGGGCUGCCAUUGGUUCCACCAUCAGGCCUUCAUGAACUUCAUCUUUCUUCAUGCAGUAUUACAGAUGAAGCAUUAGCUGUUUGCCUUGAUGGCCUGGCUUCACUGGGGAGUUUGUUCUUAGAAAAGAUUUUUAAUUUAACUAAACUUCCUUCAGAAGAGGUCCUCAAACAUCUGGCAAAACUUGGCCACUUGAACAUCACAGAUUGCUGGUGUCUUAGGUCAUUAGGGGGCUUACGAGCUGCUACCUCUCUUGCACAUUUUACAUUGAGAUCUUGCCCUUCUUUAGAGUUGGCACAUGGAGCAGAAUGCUUGCCAUUAUCCAUUGAGAGCCUCUGGAUAGAAAAGUGCAUGCUUGAAGGUAACUUCCUCUGUACUGACUGGCCACACAUGGAUAAAAUUUCCAUAUGGAAUUGCAGAAGCACGGCAUGCCUGUCUGUUGGUAGUCUCACCUCUGUUAAAAAAUUAUCACUGGAUCGGUUGCCAGAUUUAUGUAUGCUCGAGGGAUUGUGUUUCCUGCAACUUGAAGAAAUGGGUUUGAUUGAUGUUCCGAAGCUCACUCUUGAGUGUACCUCACAGUUUCGAGUCCGGUACAAACUCGCUGUCAGCAGUCCUAUAAUACUCAACAACAUGCUCUCAGCUGAAGGUUUCACAGUUCCAGCACAUCUCUCGCUUGAAGGAUGUGAGGAACCAUUCAUUUCAUUCGAUGAAUCCGCAAAUUUCACAUCUGUCAAUAGACUGGAAUUCAGUAAUUGUGAAAUGAUUUCCCUGCCAACAAAUCUGAAGUGCUUCUCCACUCUGCAGAAUCUUAUGAUCUGUGAGUGCUACAACAUAUCAUCUUUACCAGAUUUGCCAUCCUCCCUCCAGCACAUAGAAAUAAUUGCUUGUUCUGAUCGCUUGAUGGAGAGCUGCCAGGCACCUGAUGGUGAAAGUUGGCCAAAGAUUGCGCAUAUCCGCUGGAAGACAUUUGUAUAAAGUGUGAUUCAGAUCCUGACCUACAAAUAAACGGAAAGGACCUCCAGGCUCCAGCCACCUAUGACGAGUUCAAGUGCCUCAGUCUGUCUCAUCUUGCAGUUCAACCGGGUUAAUGCAGAACCUCCAGGACUGAGAAGUUCAACAUGCAAUUAUUUUGCGUGCUCCCUUUUCCUGGUGAUAUCAGUGAACAAUCUGGACAUGGUGUCUUGGCUGGGCAGCAAUGUGAUGGAUGAUGGCAGCUGAGAAGUAAUUGCAUGUGUUAAUGCUAUAAGGAACAAUUAGCUACACAGUUGACGCGGUAAUGCUAUAAGGAACAAUUAGCUACACAGUUGACGCGGUAAUGCUAUGGAUAAACAAGCCACUCAUCGAUGUUGGGAGGAGACAUCGUCCUAGUCAAACAAGCCACUGAGAUCAUGUUGCUUAGCUUUUAUUCUUUUGAAGUUUUGUAUGUCCGAAUUCUUCUAUGUCGCCGAUGAGUUAGUCGAACUCCAAGGCGCUUUGUUACAGUCUGAAAGAUGAUUAGUUUGCACUUCUCCGUCCAGAAUUAGUUGUUGCAGAAAUGGAUGUAUCUAAAGGUAAUUUUAGUUCUAGAUACAUCACAACUAAUUUGGGACAGAGGGAGUAUCAAGCUGUAUUGUUUCUAGCGACUGCUGGGAUGAGUGGUCCAUUAUCUACUGGAGAAGUUGCUUUUCAACCAAAAAAUGACUGCUGGGAUGAGUGGUCCAUUAUCUACUGGAGAAGUUGCUUUUCAACCAAAAAAUAAACAAAAAAUGUAGUGGAGCGAUCUAUUAAUUACUUAAUUUGCUGGCAAAUUGCUCUGUAUAUUGAUUGAUUGAUCCUAUCAAAUAAUACUUUUUUUGACUCUUCUUUAA